AUGACAACCCCUUCCAAGUCUCCCACCACCUCCGAGCACGCCCGUCUUCAAAACGAUUUCGGUGCUGACUACUGGGUUCGCUCUGCGCAAGAACACCGCCGUGCAACUGCAGGUCGUGGCCUUUUCGCUGGUCUUCAGGAUACUAAGCACUACAACGUCGAGUCUGGAUGGGCUAGACGUAAGUCAACGGAUUCGCAGACUGGAUUCCUUGGUUCGAUUUGGAGCCGGCUUACUGGUACUUCGCCCUAA